AUGGCCACAGAACAUAUUAAUGGAAAUGGUCCAGAAGAACCAAUGGAUACCACUGCUGCAGUUACCCAUUCUGAAAACUUCCAGACUUUAUUAGAAGCUGGUUUACCACAGAAAGUUGCUGAAAAACUAGAUGAAAUUUACAUAGCAGGUAAGGCACAUUGAAUAUCCAGCAUAUUUGUACACACAAUUUUAAUUUUUGCUAUUGCAUGUGCUGUCAUGUAUUACAUUACCUUUGAAUGUGGGAAUUGGGAUCAUCAAGCAACUUUUUGUGGUUUCCUACCAAAAUGGGUACUGCAGUGUUAUGGGGGGGGGGAUAGAGAAUUCAGACACCACCAAUAUUGGUGUGAAAUAAAUGUAAUGUCUACAUUUCCAUUGUCUUAGAGGUACAUCUGGGCUGAGACCACUGGCGACAGGGCCAGUGUUGUGUUCUUAAGAAUUCAAGUGUAGCAGCACAGAUGAGCGGAGAGUUAGGCCGCAGUUCAGCGGAGGUCUCUCUGUACAGUCUCAGGCAGAGAAUGCAGCCAGAUGGGCACAUGCAGGAACAAUGGCAGCAGCUGUCGGUGGCUGGGACAGGUGAUGGGUCUUCCAAGAGCAGAAUGUGGACAAGCUCAUUAGGAGCACACCGUGCAGAGGACUGCCAUAUCAAGUUACAUCACAUCUGUUGUGAUUAGUUCUGCAAAGGUUGAAGAAGGUGCUGUUACUCAAUGCACUUUGUCAAUUUUAAAAUAUUGGUCUCAGAGACGUUUUCUCUUAUCUGAAGUAUGAUUGCAGUAUUCCAAUUUCAGAGAUCCCCCAAUGAAGUUAUCGCCACAAAAAUAAGAGAACUUUGAUACCUCAACAUGCGUUGUGGCUUGAUCCGUUUGAGAAGAUAUCAUCCUGUAGUUCUGUUCCUGCUAAUAACAGAUGUUUUCUCGUGUCCCUCCUAGUAACGGAUGUUUUCUGGUGACCCUCCUCAGGUUUAGUAUCUCACAGUGACUUAGAUGAUAGAGCGAUCGAGGCUCUGAAAGAGUUCAACGAAGAAGGUGCUCUGCAAGUUCUGUUGCAGUUCAAGGACAGCGACCUCUCGCAUGUCCAGGUAUGUAUGGAGGGGGCGGUGUAGUAGAAGUUGGGUCAACGGCAUGAUUAGUAUGACUAAAAUGUAAAUGAUUAGACCGCAUUGUGUGAUGUGUCUUUAAAUGAAAUGCUACCAUUUCACCCUCUAAAGCAGUGUUUCCCAACCCUGGUUCUUGAGUAUCCCCAACGGUACACAUUAUUAUUGUAACCCUGAAGUAGCACACCUCAUUCAACUUGUCAGCUAAUCAUCAAGCCCUCAAUGAGUUGAAUGAGAUGUUUGUACAGGGCUACAACAAAAAUGUGUAUUGUUGGGGGUACUGGAGGACCAGGGUUGGGAAGCACUGCUCUAAAGUAUAUGUAUUGAUUUCAUUUUUUUCUUACUCAACAGAACAAAAGUGCCUUUCUUUGUGGAGUUAUGAAGACAUACAGACAGAGGGAGAAACAGGGGACCAAAGUCUCAGACUCCAACAAAGGACCAGAUGAGGCCAAAAUCAAAGUACGGCUUUAACAAACAUUCUUGAUAUAAGUGAUCGUAGAGAUUUAUAAAAGUAUCAUGCUUUUAUAAUGUGCAGUUGUUCUCUGGAAGGUGUUUGACCUGAAUUCUGUUAUUUAAAUGAACAGGCCCUACUGGAGAGAACUGGCUACACGCUUGACGUGACAACAGGUCAGCGGAAGUAUGGAGGCCCCCCUCCGGAGUCGGCUCACUCAGGGGCGCAGCCCACGAUCGGUACAGAGGUAUGUCUCUACAAUAAUUCAAUGGUGUGUUUGAUUAGUGUGUAAUAGUUUUCCUCAGUGCGUGAUGGUGUUUCUGCAUUCUGUGUCCAAAUGAUGAAAUCAUGUACUUUUUCCUAGAGUGACUUCGGUUACACUGAUGGUUUACCGCUAAGAUCUGACUGGACACGUGUUAAUUCUGUAUUUUGGAGAUUUAUUUUGUAACAAUGUUCCUUUCACACCAAGAUAACCUCCAUUUUGCUUUCAUCUUAGAUUUUUGUUGGCAAGAUCCCCAGAGAUCUAUUUGAGGAUGAGCUGGUCCCUCUGUUUGAGAAAGCUGGGCCCAUUUGGGACCUGCGUCUGAUGAUGGACCCCCUCAGUGGCCUCAACAGAGGUUACGCCUUUGUCACUUUCUGCACUAAAGAGGCGGCGCAGGAGGCUGUCAAGCUGGUAUGUACCACUUGUGGUAAACUUCUCUCCUGACAGAACAAUAGGAAUGGAUAAUUUAGCCUGCCUAACCAUGACAUGUCAUGAACUCUGUUACCCGCUCCCCUCUCUCCACAGUGUAACAACAAUGAAAUUAGACCCGGCAAACACAUUGGCGUGUGCAUCUCCGUGGCCAAUAAUAGACUGUUCGUUGGUUCCAUCCCCAAGAGUAAAACAAAAGAUCAGAUUGUGGAAGAGUUUGCUAAAGUCACAGGUAAGGUUGAACGAUCCUCUGGGACAAAUUGACAUUUUGAUGGGCCAGUCAUAUUCUGUCUUGACAGAGAUUUAUGUUCUGUCUUUGCAAAAGUGAUCGUUUCCUUGGCUUGGCAGUAAUUUUGACAACAGUGUGUAAACGUUGCUGUACUAUUACUGAAUGCAAUAGUGCAGGGCUGCCCAAUCCUGGUGCUGGAGGGCUGAAACACUUCUGUUUUUCGUCUCUACCUGGUAGUUAAUUGCACUCACCUGGUGUCCCAGGUCUGAAUCUGUCCCUGAUUAGAAGGACAGGAUGAAAAACAGUGUUUCGGCCCUCCCAGACCAGGAUUGGCAACCCUGCACUACUAGUGUUCGAUUGCAUUUAGUCUGAGUUAAGGCUUAUGUAAGGUAUGCUUUUGUCAUUUAAUAGUUAAUUCCCAAUGUGAGGGUUCAGUGUCCAAAUGAUGAAAUACAUAAAUUCUAUCCUGGAGUAACUCUGGUUACGCUGAUAGUUUACCGCUAAGAUCUGACUGGACACUUAACUGGGCACAAAUCAAUGGUCUCUGGAGACUGAUGUCCAAAGAGAAACAGCUGUGUCAAAUAAAGGAGACACUAAAUGUUUUGAGUAAACCGAAGGGAACAUUCCUUGAUUGCAUAAAAUCUUGAAUGUGAAAUAUUUUGUUCUGGUGCCAACUAUGUUAUCUGCAUUUCAGUAAGGUAAUCAAGAGUUCCAUUCUUUUUAACUUCACGUUGCAUAUGGAUCUAGAGCGAGCUGUCUAGUGCACUGCUCACUGUUCAGCCAGGAUACCCUUUAUGCCGUUCUCCUUCUGCCCCUCUUUCAACAGAGGGUCUUAACGAUGUCAUACUGUACCAUCAGCCAGAUGACAAGAAAAAGAACAGAGGCUUUUGCUUCUUGGAAUACGAAGACCACAAAACUGCGGCUCAGGCCCGCCGCAGGCUGAUGAGUGGCAAGGUCAAGGUGUGGGGGAACGUGGUGACGGUGGAGUGGGCCGACCCCAUAGAAGAUCCUGAUCCUGAAGUCAUGGCCAAGGUAUGGGGAGCAAAGUUAACGGGACACAUUUUGCAUGUGAAUAAAUUGUGAUUUGGUCUUUGUUCUGUCUAUCCAUAAACUUGUAGAAUAACACUGAUUUGUGUUGGAGGCUGUUCACCAGGGAGUAAGAAUAGAGGUAAUCACCAGUGUCUGAGGGAGCCAGAAACAGAGAUUUGUGGGAUUGAUAACCCGCCACUACUUUUCCCCUCCCAGGUGAAAGUGCUGUUUGUCCGGAACCUUGCAAGUACUGUAACGGAGGAAAUACUUGAAAAGGCCUUCAGUCAGUUUGGCAAGUUGGAGCGGGUGAAGAAGCUGAAAGACUAUGCCUUUAUCCACUUUGAGGAGAGAGACGGAGCAGUCAAGGUACAGGCUGGAAUCUUUAUAUUUCUCUAACGAGAGUAUCACAAAAUUGUGGUAACAAUGGUCAAUUUUUGUGUAGUUAUUAAACUUGCCUCUUUUGACAGGCCUUGGCCGACCUGAAUGGGAAAGACCUGGAGGGAGAGCACAUUGAAAUAGUCUUUGCCAAGCCACCUGAUCAGAAGAGGAAAGAACGCAAAGCACAGAGGCAAGCGGCUAAAACACAAAUGUAAGCAGACAAUUGAUAUGCAGUUAUUUGAGACCUUCAUUAUAGUUGCAUUGUUGGGUGGCCUUUCAUCAUUGAGUUCUCUUGAAUGAUUGAACAGAGAAGUUAAAAACAUGAUAUAACUAGAGCAAAUUAUCACGUGUCCUGUAUGGUUACUAAACAAGUGCAUAUCCUCUGGCCUACCCAUUAUCCCCAGGUAUGAUGAUUACUAUUACUACGGCCCACCCCAGAUGCCACCUCCCACAAGAGGCAGAGGACGAGGUGGUGGCCGUGGAGGCUAUUCCUACCCCCCUGACUACUACGGCUAUGAGGAUUACUACGAUUACUAUGGCUACGACUACCACAACUACCGGGGCGGCUAUGAGGAUCCCUACUACGGCUAUGAGGACUUCCAAUCUCCCGGCCGAGGACGAGCCAGAGGCGGAGCCCGUGGUGGUGCCCUAUCCUCCCGGGGCCGUGGAGCGGUCACGCCCAGGGGCAGACUAGGGGGUUUCUCCCAGCGAGGAGGAAGUGGCCCUGGAUCAAGCAGAGGUGUGUAG